AUGGGUUGUGACGCACCUCGUUGGAAAAUGUUUCUCAGGCGUGUCGGAACAAGAGACGCAUACCAAGAUUUCCAACCUCAUGUCAUUCAGAGCGAAGAAUACCUUGUCAAUGGCGAGACCAUGUGGUCGCUGAAGCCUGGAUCGGACGCCGAGGCCUCAUGGAUUCAAUUGGAGAAGACAAUAGAUUCUUUCAUCGCAGUUACUCCAGUCGACGAAUAUCACUUUACCCCCAAAAUCGUUGCUGAGGCAUACGAAAUGGGACGAGACAAGAACAAAACACAGCCAACAGUACUCAUCAGCUGCUCCUCUCAACCCUACGGGAAUGAGAUGGCAAAGACGCUGCAGAGAAGCGGAGUGCUGGAGACUCACUCAACUACCUUCCGGGUGCUGGUUCGUCCUUAA